CCCCUCCUCCGGCACGGCCUCCCGCGGGGCGGCGGGCCCCGAGCGCAGAGCGGCGGCGGCGGGGCGCGCUCGGAGCCCGCUCCGCCGGGCCAUGGCGAGCACCGGCACCGCGCCCGGGGGCUCGGGCUCGGGCUCGGGCUCGGGCACGACGCUGCCCACCCGCUUCCAGGAGACCGAGAAACUGCUGGCGGCGACCGAGGGCCGGGAGGAGAAGGGCCUCCGCGGCUCCAAAUCCUUCACGGCCGCGCUGCCCGGAGAGACGGAGCGCAACGGGCACGGGCUCGCCUACAAGUCGGUGUCGGUCGGGCACCUGGAGGCGGCCCCGCUCUCGCCGUCCCGGCUCAGCCUGGGCAGAGCCUCCUCCACGGCCACCAGCACGGCGGCACCGGAGCAGGGCCGCCCGCGGGACUACCUGGUGCUCGCCAUCUUCUCCUGCUUCUGCCCCGUCUGGCCCAUCAACGUCGUGGCCCUCGUCUUCUCCAUCAUGUCGAGGAACAGCGGGCAGCAAGGGGACAUGGACGGAGCCCGGCGACUGGGACGCAUGGCCAGGCUGCUCAGCAUCGUCUCCAUUAUCCUGGGGACCAUCAUCAUCGUGCUCUACGUUUCGCUCAGCGUCAGAGCCUCCUAGAAGAUGUUUUAGCAUGCAAAUACCUCGAAGAGGAGGAAGGCAACUUUCCUUUUGGGGUUUUUACUUUCAGCCUUGCAACAAAAAAUUGUCACAGUGUAGGUGGGCAGCCCUAGACAGCCUGCUCUGGAGCGCCGUCUGAAGGAAUGCAUGCUUCUACUUCACCGCCUCUUGGAAAUGAGUUUGUACAAGUGAUGGGAUAAAAAAAAACAUCGCAAAAAGGAAUGGGAAAGGACAUCGGACGCCAAGCGGAGAGGAGAAGGGGGAAAUCCACUACCUCAUUCCCCUCCAGCAAAACUCACGGAGUGGGGAGACAACUAAAGUACAAGAGGAGGAGAGAGUUUCAAGAACAAAGCUGAUUUUAAAAGAAAAAUUUACGGCGAGAACAGGACAUUUCGAGGAAUCCUCCUAAGAAUUUUGGCAUAAGUCACUGAAUUUUUGGGGGUUGUUGGUUUUUAAAUCGUCAAAUUCUCUGUCUCUACAAAAAAAAAAAAAAACCAAACAACAAAAAACAAACAACAAAGCUCAAACUGCCAUCAGGAGCUGAGAGCUGUUCCACGGAGAAGGAGGGAGAGCAGAGCUGCAGCAGGACCACGGCUCUGCUCUGAACGCAACGCAGCCACCAAAGCUGGAGGACGCGGUGGGUGCUUUUGUAUUUUUGAUGAAAAAAAAAAAAGAAAAAAAAAAGAGACAAUGACCAUUUGCAUGCCUUUGGGAAUGUUCUCCAUAUCUGUUCCUACAAGCUCUUUUAUCACUUAGGGCAGAUGUCAGAGCUGGCAGAGCAGGCUGUUGCUGCAUGAGAACGCCAGGCUCCUCCUUAUCCCGAUCCCAUGGUGGGGUUUUUAACGGAAGGAAAACCGAUGCUUUCUCUGUGACCCCACACAUUUCUCCCUCUGUGCACCCAAAGUGAGGUUAAUACUCGUGGCGCUGAGAAAAGAGCCUGGUUAAUCUGUAGCAGCAGUACCAAGGCAUGGAGAGCCCGUUCUACCCACGUACACAUUUAUGUCAUGUCACCUCCGGCACACAAAAGCUGCAGCAUGAUCCAGCCCCCACCACUGCCAGUGUUCAUCUCCCCUGACCCUUGUGGGCUUCAGCUUAGGGCCUUCCAGGAGAUCUUCAGAGGCACGGAGGAGUCUGGGAUCCCCACACCCCUCACACGCUCUUCUGCAUCUCUGAAAAUCUCCGGCAUCCCCAGAGCUGGCUGGGGUCAGCUCCACAAGUAGUAUUAUUUUUUAAUUUUUUAUAUUUAACAUGACAAGAAAACAGACUUUGCUCCUCCUGAUCUGCCUACAGGUAUCCUGCACCUUGCCAUGUCUUCCACAACACGCGGCUCCUCGGCUGUUUCCCAUGGGAUCCAUCCCAACACGGUCCCUCGAUCCUCCAUCCGGCCCCAUCCCCUCUUGCCCCCCUCCACCCUGUCCCUGCCGCGGGUUGUUACCGGGGUCAGUCAUCUAUCUGACCGCCCAGACUAUGCAAAGUUUCAUCGCCUGUUGUUUUAUUCAGGCUUUGUAGAUGGCUUCUGGCCAUAUCCAUUGGCUCCAUCUUAGCUGAGCCUCUCUCUUUUAUCAAAACUUUGCGGGCACAAGUACGUGGCCAAGAGCCACGCUCCCCGGCCUUUCUGUCGUCUCUCGCUGACAGCCUGGGACCCAGAAAUACGGACUGCGCCGAGAACUAAGGUGUUUCAGGGCACUUCUGCUCCCCACCACCAAUCUCCUGGAAAAAAAAAAAAAAAACCACCAAACUUAGACCAAAUUAAUGCUCCUGAGGGCUUGUCUACAUGGAGAAUCUCCCGCACGCCGUAAGAAACGCCACGAGACGAUAACCACCUGGCACUGACUUCUCUGGCGUACGCGAGUGGGCACGUGGGGUCAGCGCAGGGCAGUGGUCCGCUGUAAAGUCACGCUGUAGUUACUCGGCAGUAACUAACGUGCAAAGCCACGGGCAUCGCUGCGAAAAUUCUCUUGUCUGUUUAAUUGCUCCUCUUUAACGUGUUUUCUUUUGCUAGGCGUUAUUUGAAUCCAGGGGCUACGAAAGCCAAAUGCCCUAGACACGCUUCACAUUUUGCUCUCCAUUCUAAGGGAUUCCAGGGACUCGCAGCGACAGCGCAUCGCCACAGCGCUUUCUGGGGCUCCGUUCCCAUCCACCCCUUUGCCAGCGCUUCGUUACAAACCAUUGGUUUCUAAAACGGACCAAAUCUGCAACAGACCUUUCUUUCGCAGUUCAUUUCUUGUGAGCUUCAGCAAACUGGGGCCACUGAGCGCUGCGGGGUGCGAGCUCCCGCCCGCUGCCGGGUGCCCCUUGGCACCAGAUCUCUUCUUCCCGAGCUCUUCAGAAACCCUCCCUUGGUGAUCCAAACGCUCAUCUUACGGUUGAUGAAAUCCCAUCAAAUCCCCCAAACGUUUCCUUCUUUAACGCUUGAACUCGAAAGCUGCUUGCUAGGAAACACACGUAUUGUUUGUUCUGAGCCAGGUAAGGGCAGCGCUGUCUGUCCGUGCAUCUUCUGCCCUUUGAGCCGCUGAAAUUCAGCUUAUGGUAAGAGCUGAGCAAGCUCCUCCUUGGGCAGGAAGAUCCGACAUUCAGGGAAAACUGCCGCAGUGAUUUAUAGUACUUGAGAGCACCAAGUAUUUAUUAAGGAAGAAUUUAAAUGCUCUUUCAUCAUUAUAUACAGCCUUUCAUCUGAAGUGCUUUACCACAUUUAGAGGGUUAAACCUUGCGACACCCCACGAGGUGGGUUAGUGUUACGCUGCUCUGAUCGCACGGAUGGUAAAGGUGCUCAGAGUCACACGCACCGUACAGCUCCAAAAAGAAACCUGUUUUUCUUUCUCCUCCUUAACAGAAACACGUAUGAAUACAAAUUUCCUUUGAAUCUGAUUUUUCCAAAGGGAUCUAGGCAAACACACGCUACACAUCGAAAUGGACUGGGAUUACCAGCAACUGUAGGAACAAAAGGACUUUGCGAGGCAGCUGCAAUGGUCCUUGCCAGGAGAAGCCCCAGGCUGGUGAAGCACAGAGCGGUAAGGGACCAGAUUUCAUCUGAAUGCAGGAGAAGGCAGGAGGUUUCCCAAAACCCCCCCACCGUGAGGAUUUGUUGCAUGCUUCCAAACGAGGUUUGUGCCUCCUGUCUCAGCCCCUAUCAUCGGGCUGCUGAGGCGACUGCUUCUCAUCUCACUAUUAAGUACAACAACAAAAAACCAAAACCAAGACACUUAAAUUCCUUUCAUCAUUAAUCUCCUUUCUGAUUAGAUCCAAUUGCACUGUGCUGCACUCUUGAAUACAGCUUUUUGGUUCUUACCCUGCACUUAAAUCCAGGGGAAAGCUUCUACUCCUGACCAAACACUGGCUCUCCUUGUAACCCGGCUUUCCAGUGCCAGAGAAACCAACUCCCCAGCGUUAUCUGGAAAGUCUCUUCUCCCUGCCCUCCCCCAACUUCUCCGUACAUUUUGCAGCCUGAUACACUUUGCAAAGGUUUUGCCACUAGGUCCUUGCUCUCCACGUCACACGCGGGUUUACCCCAGCUCAGCUGCCUAAUCGGCUCUCUCGGGUGCGUUAAUUUGUAUUUGUGAAGGAAGAAAUCGCUGAGCCCCCAGCCCUUGACGCACGCCUCACCUGCGAUCGCGUUACGAGGAGCCAAAUCAUGGCAGAACUUCAUCCUGAGGCCAGCAGCAGGAAAGUUUCCUCCUUUGGUCUACAUCUGGGGAACAACAGUGUCCCUCAUGACUGUUUUUCUGAUUUACUGUUCACCUAAGGUCAAUCAUCUUUUUUUCCACAUCCAGGCACAACCACUCCUCUCCUUAACUUCGUGUUUAGCACACAGGAGGGCAAUCACAAAAACUCUGUCAUGAGGAGACUUUCCCUCUCCAUCUCCACCAACAAGCCCUAUUACUUAGGUCGCAGCUCUUUGCCACCUGCUGCAGCCUCCUCUAAGCACGCCAGAAUCCGGUUUUCUAGGUGUUCACAACCACAACAGUCAUGAAAUCCUCAGGGUCUGGCCAACCUCUACCCCCCGGUGAAGGAGAGGCGAGAGAUCCAAGUGAUGCGGUGGCAAUCCAGCCUUACCUGACAGCGAAGUUGAGCUGGUAGGAGGAUAGCUUGCUGAAGAAAUGGAGAAGGUGGGAAACGUCUCUAAAUGUAAGUUGCAGUAGGAGUUACGAUCGACAAGUGUGAGGUCCUGGUGGGAUAUAAAUACACGGUUUGAGCUGCUCGAGAAAAAGAGUCUGAGCUGAGCGCGUGGCUGAUGGCACCUCUCUGGCACUGGUGUCCCUGGGCUCUUCUCCCCAGGGUUUGGGGGACAGCUGGGCUCUGCGGGGUGGCACACAGGAGCCCUUGCUGGGCGCAGCAAUGCUAGACCGAAGGCUCAAGCCAAACAAGUGAUCUGCUGGUGCCGAGCAGACGAGCCAGCUUGGUUUCAUAGCAGCUUCCCGUAGGAUGCAGCGACCGACGGUCGGAAAAGGUCUGGCAGGAGUCCGCUGGUCACAGCAACGCGCUGGUGCCUCAGCGGAGGCUGAAGGGGUUUGAGCAGAAAGGGAGGAGAGAAAAUGACAAAAGAUUUGAUUUCAAAGUUUGCUGCGGUAACGAUGGGUUUGCUUUUUCUGGUCGGUAUUUCGCUCCAUCCCAGUUCACCCCUCUCUCCCCAUCUUUGCCAGUUUAACGUGCUUUCCCCUCAGCAUCUCCACCCCUAGAGCAACACACGAGUCUCACAGGCUCUUCCCUCCCAUCCUCUGCCUCUCCUUUAACCCGGGACGGGUCUUGUUGGCAACGAGACGCCAUCGCCAGGCGCUGCUGAGAGGGGAUAGCGAGGGGUAGGGAACCUGCUCCUCGAAGGCUCUGACCCGGGCUGGCUGCCGACUCCAGCCUGCACCGCCGCAGCAGCUGCCCUUCCAAACACAGACUUCUCCAUGUAGAUGAGGGGAGCAGAUCCUGCCUUUUAUACAAAAUUAAAACUCCGUUUCCAUUCAGUCCGAGUCCGGGGAGAGGCUGCAGAAACGCACCCACCGGGCUGGUCCCAUGACUUGUUCUUUUUUUUUUUUUUCCCCCUGAUACCCCCAACCUUGCCCCAUCACUUUGUUACUUAUCACAGAGCCACAGCCAGGGCUGCACAGUCAAGCUGAAAUAAUUUCAGAUUUAAGGUCGAUUUUCUUUCGGCAUAUGUCCUUUAAUUUUGGCAAAGACCGUUAGGUUUAGACUGAAAACUCCCAUGCUUGGGCACAAGCCAAGGGGGUUGGGGGGGGGGGAAGCAGCCUUUUCAAAGUGGGAAUAUUUGUAAAGCAUUUGCUGACACCAGUAGGUAGCGAAACUCAAACCUAUAAAUAUCCAUCCGGAAUAAGAAACAUGAGAAAGGGAAUGUGUGCAGGAUUCACCAAGGCAACCCUGUUACCACUUCGGAGCUGGCGCCCUCGUUAGCCGGUGCCCAGGACACGAUUCUUCGCGUGGAAGUGCAGGGUCUACCCCCCCACUGCUGUCACCGCCGUCCAUGCACCGGCUCCUCCUGUUUUGAAGCCAAACUGGAAGAGCCGUGUUUCACACACAGCAUAAACACAUCAGGAAUUGCAGCUGGGCGCUUCUCUUUGCUGAUAAAUGUUUCUUUUUCUGCAGGAUGAUAUGGUAUAUCUUAUAUACUUUCUUUGUAUUUCUUGGCAUGAGAAAAAAAAUUAAAAUGUAACAUGCAUGGUCAAAGC